CGGAUGACGCAAACGCGAGGCGGGUCUGUUCCGCGCGCCGCGGUCCUGUAGCCGUGCCGUGUCGUGAGGGCUCCUCGGAGGGCAAGUCAAGUGAGUCCUCAGGAAGAAACCGUACACAUUGGGUCUGUCUUGAGUUCAUUUUCCACACGGUGAGCUCUGACACCAGCUGAGAAAGGGCAGGGAGGCCAACCAGGCCUUGCUGGCAUGUUAUGGAACAUGUAACGCAGAACGAGAGCACCUCUGCUCCACUGAUGUAUCACCUGGAGCGACCGGUGUACAGUACAAGGGACCUGGAAACCCAGCUUCUGCACAGGAAGGCGAAGCAGCCACGAACAACCCGGCAAAGGAUCAAAAAACAGAUUAGUUGUUCUGCAGGGAAGGGCAAGACCAUUCUGUUCAGCUUCCUGCCAAUACUAACAUGGCUACCUUCAUAUCCAGUCAGACAGUACCUGUUUGGUGAUGUGGUCUCUGGCCUCAGCACAGGGGUUAUGCAGCUUCCUCAAGGUCUGGCUUACGCACUUCUAGCAGCUGUGCCUCCUGUGUAUGGCUUGUACACAUCCUUCUACCCAGUUCUUCUCUAUACCUUCUUUGGGACCUCUAAACAUACAUCCAUAGGCACCUUUGCAGUGAUAAGUCUCAUGAUUGGGGGUGUGGCUGUGCGGGAAGCCCCUGAUUCCAUGUUCAGUGUCUCGGCAUCAAAUGGAACGAAUGAGACGGACGCUGUGCUGGACACCGAGGCUCGGGACGCUAGGAGGGUGGAGGUGGCAGUGAUUCUCACCUGUCUGGUGGGUCUCAUCCAGCUGGCCCUGGGCUUCCUGCGAUUUGGUUUCGUCACCAUCUACCUGACGGAGCCCCUGGUUCGCGGCUUCACUACAGCCGCAGCCGCCCACGUCUUCAUCUCGCAGCUGAAGUACUUGCUUGGUAUUAGGACGCCACGCUUUCGAGGCCCACUGUCAGUGAUCAAGAGCCUUGUGGCUGUGCUGAUUGGCAUCCCCACCACCAAUGUCACUGCUGUCAUCAUAGGACUACUCUGCAUUGUGUUUCUCUUCAUGAUUAAAACCAUCAACGAUCGCUUCAAGGACAAGCUGCCAGUGCCCAUUCCUGGGGAGAUUAUUGUGGUGAUCAUCUCAACUGGAAUUUCAUAUGGGCUUCAGAUCUCUGACAAAUACGAGGUGGAUAUUGUGGGGAAAAUUCCUACAGGGCUGCUCCCACCAGCUGUUCCAGACUUCUCACUUCUUCCCAACUUGUUUACUGAUGCCAUCGCCAUUGCAGUUGUGAGCUUCUCCGUCUCCAUCUCCCUUGCCAAGAUCUUCGCACUCAAGCAUGGUUACAGCGUGGACGGCAACCAGGAGUUGAUAGCCCUGGGAAUGUGCAACUUUGUGAGCUCCUUUUUUCACUGCUUCACCAUCACCUCCUCCAUGUCCCGAAGCCUGGUCCAGGAGAGCACAGGGGGGAAGACCCAGAUAGCGGGAUUCUUGGCGUCUCUUAUGGUGCUGCUAGUGGUGGUGGCCAUUGGUUUUGUCUUCCAGCCAUUGCCUCAGACUGUACUGGCUGCUAUUGUCAUGGUAAACCUGUUGGGCAUGUUCAAGCAACUCAGGGACAUUCCAGGACUAUGGAGGAUGAGUAGGAUCGAGCUGGCUAUCUGGGUAGUGUCCUUCAUUGCCUCAGUUCUGCUCGGUCUUGACUUUGGCCUUCUGGUGGCCGUUGGCUUUGCCAUCCUCACCGUCAUCUACAGAACGCAAAGUCCAAAGAAAAUUAUUCUUGGGGAGAUCCCAAAUACAGGGCUGUACUGUGAUGUUGACGAGUAUGCGGAGGCCAGCGAAUGCACAGGGAUUAAAAUAUUUCAUUCCAACACAUCCAUCUACUUUGCAAACAGUGACCUCUACAUAAAUGCCCUCAGGAAGAAGACAGGAUUAGACCCCAUGCUGCUGCAAGCUGCAAGAACAUCUCAGCAGAGCAAGGUAACGCAACGUGACAAAGUGGAGUUGAAAGGGACAGCAGCACCACAGAAAAGGGAGACAGUUGUUCACUUGGACUUGGAACAGGGAGUCACUGAAAUGAUACUAAGCGGCUCAGCCCCACAAUUGGAUGAUGAGCAGACAAAUGGAAAGGCAGUGGAGCCCCUUGGAGACUCAGACCCAGAGGACACCCACAACCUGCACAAACCCCUUCUACAAGAAAACAUCAACAUCCAUUCUAUCAUAUUGGACUUCAGUGCAGUUAACUUCAUUGAUUCUGUUGGAGCAAAAGCCAUAAAAUCUGUGAUGAAAGAAUAUGCAGAAGUUGAUGUACAGAUUGUCCUUGCUGGAUGUAAUGGUCCUUUGCUCGCUGACCUUAGGAGGUUGCAAUUCUUUGAGGGCACAGUGACCCUGGACCUGUUGUUUCCAUCCAUUCAUGAUGCUGUGCUCCAUUGUCAGCACCGUGUGGGACCCCGUCCUCCUUCUCCAACUAAGAGAGAGUGUUGCUCUGACCAUCAAACAUUGGUAGAAAGCUGCUGCUGACUCUGUACCAUUAUAGAGUGUGAGUUCUGUAACUUAUGAAUCUUCUACACUUUUAUGUAGAAAGACUGGAGAAAGCUAAAUUAACUUAUUUAUGGUAAAUGCAUGUUAGCUGGUUUCCUACUAAUGUACUGUGUGCCAGGGUUAGAGGUCACUUCACCCUAUAGGUAAUGGACAGUGGUUAAAAACUGACCCAGUGUGGUACCCUGUGCUGUACUGCAGAAACCCACACUCUUAGAUCAUGACUUCAGCUCAUUUGUUGGUGUUCCACAAUGUCUCAGUACUGCAUGUAAGAGGGCAAAUGAUUUUUCCCUUGAUCAAUGUCAGUUAUUAUUCUGGGUGAAGAGUAUCCUUGUAUAGUACUUUUGUGCCUUUUUUUGAAUACACCUGAGCACUCAACUACAUUGCAUUGGAAAUUGUUUGCUUUCAUUCAUUCCAAAGCCAUGGUUAUCUCCACUUUAACACUGCAGGACACUACUUAGAAACAGUCCAUUGCCUGGAAAUAAACAGAUGAGAAAAUACCCUUUUAUAAAUAUUUGUAUCAAGGCUUUAUUUCCUCUUUUCAAAAUCAAAUAUGUGCAGCAGCUUUUUUUUAAUCUAACAUUUUUCAUAUGUAAAAGAGAAACAGUGAAUAGCCUAUAUUUCUUUUGAUUCUGGUAAAUUGUCAUCCCCCUGGCAAGCAGCAGCCUCUGGCAUUUUGUUUAUAUAAAUUUUUUUUCUUUCUACUGAUACUGACAUACAAAAAUUGUCACCAAAAAUUGAACUUGACAUUUUACACUACUGUACAUCUGCUCAUAGUGGAUGUAUGCUUGACUAUGCAAUAAAUUUUUAGAUUCAAGUGAACUAUUACAUUUUACUGCUUACUGCAAAGUUUCAUAAGCUAUUUGUACCUGUCUUUUUUUGCAGGCUACUUAAUAUCCUAGGGGGGGCCCUCUACUUAAGUGGCAAUCAAAGUGAAUACAGAUCAUUAAAUGCUAUCUACUGCCCUAAAUAGUGUUUGAGAGAAUCUUAAGCUUCAGCUAUAUCUCAUACCAGUAAAGAGAAUUCAUUUAGUUGCUGAACUUGGAAGGGAAAGG